CCAACAAGAGGAGGCAGCUGAAAGGCAGAUGAGACAGAGGACAGAGGACAGAGGGAGGGCUGUGGGAUGUCAUUUCAAAAAGGAGAUUCUCAUUGGAGGCAAAGAGAAAGAAGAUUGUUAUGCAUGUUUUUAGUGCAAGAAGUGGGGUGAGUGUAGACGGAAAUUGUACUAUAUUCUAAAGCCAUCUUACUUGCACGUCAACUCCACAUCGGCUUAUUAUAAGUGUUGGCUUUGGAAAAGACCUCCAGCAAAGGUGGAAUGAUGUUCAUGAAGUUAAAAUGGAUGAUUGUGAUCCAGCUCCUGCUGAAUGAACAAGGUUUGUGCAGGGCCCCACCUCCUCUCACUCAGAGGAAUCCUUUGGUUUUGAACACUCAUGUCAAUGGAGUUUUGGAGGAAUCUGACAAACAGGAUCAUCAGGCCUUCCUUGGCUCUCAGCUCAGCCUCUCAUCUGCCAAAAAACAUGACCCUGUAUCAGUGGUUGUGGAUGAAGAGAAGAGAGUCCAGUCUGCCCAACAUGUGACAUCAGGCCUCAGGGCAAGACUUCAGGGACAGAUUCAAGAUCAUCUCCACAUUCAUGGGAACAUCAGCUGUGAAGAGCUUCUGUCUGCCAGUACUGUGGAUGACCCUUUGUCCUCUAUGUUCCCCCAAGAGCUGCUGGGCCUCUCUCUAGUGCCAGUGUUGGUGGUAGCAGGAUGCCCAAAGGAGGCACAAACCCUGGUGCUAAAGCUGUACAACUUACUGGGAGUGACGGAUACAGAGGAGCUUCUGCUGGAGGUGCAGAGUUUAAUAGAAAGGAGUCUGACUAAGUCAGCAUCUGUAUCACCAACAACAUUUUCAGAGAGAGAUCAAGCAGGGCACCACAUAGAAGCUGUGAUGUUCAACAUCCAGCGGCUAGUGACAGCCGGAGAGGAAACCACCAAGCAGGAAAGUCACUGUGAUGGUUGGACCAGGGUCAAUGGAACAAUGCUGGUGGGGACAAGUGUGGAGGGAAGCACAGGUGGACUGAAGGAGGCAGUAAACAGCUGUGAGGGACUGGGAGUCCUGUGUGCAGGUGUGACCAACAGAGGACCACUCACUCCAGGCAUCAUGUACCAGGCAGUGCUGCGGGAAGGCAGCCGUAUUCUGCCGUCCAAAUCCCCAGGCUCUGAAUGUUGGAUCCAUCAAUGUAAUGCAGAGGAGUUUAGUUCAAUCCCUGUUGCUUCAGCUCAGCGAUUAAAGCGCAGCCCCCAGAGGAGCUGUAUAAACAGAAAUGAGCAGCGUGUGUACAAUGUGGUAGAGUGGAUCCCUGCAGUUAGCACCCUCUACAACCUGGGCACAGCGGUGUAUUAUGCCACUGUCAACUGUUCUGAAACAGCCAAGGAGAGAGCCAUCCUCAGUGCUGUUGACCUGGGCACAGACGCUCUCAUGAUCGCCACAGGUGGGACUGCAGGUGUGGCAGGUUAUGCUCUGGGUGCAGGGAUGAAGACUGGUGUGAAAGCAGGGGUCAGGUAUCUCCUUGACUCCAUGAAACAGGAAGAUGACAUAAUGGUGAACCAGUUCAGCUGGGAGGAUGGCCAGUAGACUGAAGGACCAUUCAGCUUCUGAUGUUUUAAUUAGUUCAUAGUGAAAAAAAAAAAGACAAGGAUCCAUUUAGUUAGAGUAGCAAAUUAGUUUACUAAAUUUAAAAAAAGAGACUGGAUGGCGAUCCACAGAUGUGUCAAGACUUUUCCGACUAAAAGCUGUAGUGCAUAACUUUGAAUAUAAACAAAUGUUAGAUUCAAACCAUUGUCAAAUGAGAUCACACUGUGCUGAUUAAGCCAGCUCCACAUGACUCUGUGACCCCUUUUACACCUGGCAUUUGAAUGCAUUUUCUAUGAUCGGAUAUUGAUCAGAUAGUAUGGACUCCCCUAUCUUUUGAAGCAGGGACGGAAGUCGUCUUCGACAAGUGGAAAACCGGCGCUUUCACGUUAGCUGUGCUUGGAGCCACUAAUAUAUUUCCACUCACGUAGUUGUUGUUGUGGGUGGAGCUAAGGUGUAUUCACACCUGUACUUACAAGCGUUAGGCCAGGUCUAAAGGAGGCCUGUGUUUCUCAGUAUAGCAGUGCUUUGUUCUUGCGGCACCUAGCGACAUUCCCAUGCUGCAAACAGGAAUUGAUUGUUUUUGUUUGAUUGUUUUUGGCAACAGCAACAUUGUGCUCGUCAACUUACAGUAAAUGGCUGCAAACAGGUUGGACUGAAAACGAAAUCACCCCAGACCAAAGUUUCACAAGUGAAUUCUUCUGUUGAGAUACACUGUUGUCUGACUGAUGUCAGGUCAAAAUGAGUACUUUGUUAGUCCCGCUGGGCAAAUUCCUUUUCUGAAUUUAACCCAAGGUUUCUUGCUCGAUUAGAAACCUUCCUAAAUCUUGGAGCAGCAGCAACCACUGAGCAGCGCCCGGUUACAAGUUCCCUUUCCACUUUCCAUGGGCUGUCCCUUGUCACACGAACCAAACAGUGGCAAAAUAUUUACAUUUUAAAAUAUGUUAUGAACUGCAGUUUUAAAAUAUAUUAGAUAUUAAAUAACAACAUAUGAAAUAAUAUCAAAUCGAAAUGAUCAGAAACACAUGUACAAAUUUGUUCAACUGGAGUUCAAUGUAAACUAUUCACUGGGUGACGAUAGUCAAGUUUAAAAAGAGGGUCCCGCUAUUAAAAAAGUAAUCAGUGGAAUAUCAGCAUCUCAAAAAUGUUUUCUUUGUUACUGUGCUCCCAAAUCUAAAUUUUACCUUCUUGACGAACAUUUCAGUGAUUUUCUCUUAAUCUGUUUUUUUGUGAAGGAAAAUAAUCUAAGUAAAAUUAAGUAAAGUGGAUUAUAUUACACAAAACAGAAAAUGACAAACUAUAUUGCAAUCAGUCAAAAAUCUAACCUCAUAAACUUUAAAUCUUUGCUUUUGGAAAAAUAUCUGUGUGUAUAAUCGGAUUGGUAAAGAUGCAUCAUUUUAAACAACAGACAAAGAACUGGUCUCAGGAAACUAAACCCUCAAACCUCAAUACUACUAUCCAUGUAUAGUUUCUUUUCUACAGCAGUGUAUUACAGCCAUAUAUAACAAAAGAAAAAAAAAGAAAACAAGCGUUGCAACACCCCAACAGCUGGGUUACAUUUUCAUUUCAUUUUUUAUUUGUUCCCAUCAUGCAAUGCAAAUUAAAAAAAUACACAAAUCACAAUAAAGCAUCACAUUUUUUUUCCCUACACACUCUAUGAUUGAAAGGAAGCAGGAAGAAGAAAGUCUUGUGUAAUCCUUCCCUUUUCUCAUUACACAAAUAAAAGGUAAAUCUAGAUGAUGUGUGUGAGUCUCGGCUAUUCAGCAAUCACUAACAUCAAAACAGGACAAAAAUAAAACAGGAGAAUAAAUAUUUAUUCAUAUGACCUUGGUGUUCUUUCUGUUCACUUUUUUGAUGAACUUAAGCUUUUUAUUUGUCUCGCCUUGGUUCAUAAAUGUUACCUUC